CUUAUCGAGACGAGUGGCUCCAAUCCCCGAGCUCGAAAUUACUCAUCGGGGGACACUCUAUCCUCACGAUGAAACAACGUUUAUCCUUCCGCUAUAUCAUCCGCGAUACAUUUGCUCUUGUCACGACCAGCUUCUUCAACUAUAUGCCAGGAAGGCCGGAAAUCGACAGCAAUACUGGGCGACGACUGCUCGGGGUCGACGAAUGGGUGGACACUAUUACUAUGCGGCCAAAGUCUGUACGCUGCUUGGGGUGUAACGACCGCAUACUGUUUACUCGUAAAGAUUUUGAUGUUAGGAUGUGGCAGACACAUCGGGAUUCCUGCAAGGGCAUUGAUGAUAUGAUGAAGAAAGCCAUUGUGAAGGAACUCAUCAUGCUGGCCAAUGAUGCGGAGUUCUGAGCUCUUCG